AUGGGUAACCGCAGGCGGUGUCGAAGCGUACGCGCCGACUGCUGGAGCCACCGAAAAGGCUUCGAAUGCAUCCAGACAGACUCAAACGUGCAGGUAAAAUUGGACGAGUUGCAAAGUCCAGAUACUUUCUACUUUUCAGCAAUUGUAUCAUGUCGUCGGAAGAAGACGCAAGGAAUCGUCUAUAUUCAGUACGCAGACGGCAGUCACUAUGAAGGAAGCGUGGAUAGAGACGAAAGGCGACAUGGAAAGGGUGUGCACACACUAAAAUCUGGACAUAGAUUUGAGGGUGAAUGGGUGCACGGAGACUUCGAAGGAUAUGGCAUGCAGAUCUUUGCUAAUUCUAGUGGCAUACAUGAAGGCAUGUAUCGCAAGAACCACCGCCAUGGAAUGGGGACGUACCUAUGGGCCAAUGGUGACAAAUACGUAGGCAAUUGGCGAGUCGGGAAGAUGCAUGGCAGCGGCACCUUCUUUUGGUCAAAUGGUGAUAGAUACGAUGGUGAAUGGAGGAAGGGAGUGAUACAUGGUAAUGGUAGGAAAUAUUUCUCUUCCGGCGAAAUAAUCGACGGCAGUUGGAAGUACAAUCAGUUGAGCGGGUGGGGAAUCGAGGUGUUUAGCUCUGGGGACAAAUACGAGGGCUAUUUUGUUAGAGGUGAGCGCGAAGGAUUUGGCAGAUUUAAGUGGACAUGUGGAGACUCGCAUGAAGGCACGUGGCAUCAGGGCAUUAUGCAUGGUAAAGGCGUCUUCACGUCAGCUGGAAGCUCGCUGCAUGGUACUUGGGUUAGUGGCGCAUUGAAUUGCCAGGGAGUGCAGCGUUUUCAGUGUGGAAGUGUCUACACUGGAGAAUUCCGAAGUGGUGAGCGACAUGGAGUCGGUACAAUGAAUUUUGCCUCUGGAGAGGUGUACGAUGGUGAGUGGUGCAGAGGUGAGAUUCAAGGCUACGGAUCGUGGUCCUCGCCUGACGGGAGGCAGUUUUUUGGCAUGUGGGUAAACGGUUUGCCUUCCGGUCGGGGUAUGUUUUGCCGGGAUCGGAUUGAAGAUGAGGAAGGAGGCGAGUCCGUCGCUGCUGCAAGACCCCCGUUUGAGGUUGGUUUUUUUGAGAAAGGAGAACUUGUAUCCAGUGGGGAAUCCUUUUACAUCGGGCGUCCCGCUGUACCAUCUUAG